AUGUGGAUCGUUAACUGGUUCUACGAUAUCUUGGCCUCCCUCGGCCUGCUCAACAAGCACGCCAAGCUCCUUUUCCUCGGCCUCGACAAUGCCGGAAAGACGACUCUUCUGCACAUGUUGAAGAACGACCGGGUUGCCGUUCUCCAGCCUACCGCUCAUCCGACGUCGGAGGAGCUUGCUAUUGGAAACAACCGCUUCACUACUUUUGACUUGGGUGGUCACCAGCAGGCCCGUCGUCUCUGGAAGGACUACUUCCCCGAAGUGAGCGGUAUCGUUUUCCUCGUUGACGCCAAGGACCACGAGCGUUUCCCCGAGUCCAAGGCCGAGCUCGACGCCCUCCUCGCCAUGGAGGAGCUCGCCAAGGUCCCCUUCCUCAUUCUCGGCAACAAGAUUGACCACCCCGACGCCGUCAGCGAGGACGAACUCAGACACCAGCUGGGACUCUACCAGACCACAGGAAAGGGCAAGGUGCCGCUCGAGGGCAUCCGACCGAUCGAGGUCUUCAUGUGCAGUGUCGUGAUGAGACAGGGUUACGGUGAGGGUAUCAGGUGGCUGUCUCAAUACGUUUAA